AUGGAAAGAGUAUUCGUAUGGUCCCAACUAUUUGGUGUCGCUGGCCCUAAAAAGAUCCUGUGGAAGCUGUAUGGAGUAGUCAUAUUUGCAUUGCUGCUGGUUAUUCAACUUGGAGCUGUUUAUAAACUCAUUAAGUUGUUGUCGGGAUUGACCGCCUACUCUGUUGGGAACCGAAGCAUGACAGCAAGAUUGGCUGGAACAAUCUUUUACACAUCCGCCUUGUUAGCCCUUGUUUUAUCCUGGAGAUUAUCAGCAAAUUGGGAGACGAUAUCCACCGAAUGGGCCUUGGUGGAGCGAAAAUCCAACAUGGUCGUACAACCUGAUAAAACUGUAAAAAGGCGAAUGAUUGUGGUUAUGAUUGUGAUGACAGCGUUUGCUACACUCGAACACUUAAUGAGCAUUCUUUCACAAAUAGAAUACGGUUCUUCUUUGUCUGUAAUGUUGGAGACAUACAUAUUGAAUUCGCAUGGCUUCAUUUUAGUACCAAAUGAUUAUUCCAUAUGGAUUGCUAUACCACUGUUUGUUAUGAGUAACAUAGCAACUAUACUGUGGAAUUUGGAAGAUCUUCUCAUCGUGCUUAUCAGCUUAGGUCUUUCUUCUCGGUAUCAGAGGCUAAACUUAUGUGUAGAGAAAGCUACUGUGUUUGACAAAACUGACAAAAAAUGGUCCAAAAAUACAGAACUCCUCAAAGUGUAUUCUUGGAGGAAGAUUAGAGAAGCUUACGUGAAACAGGCGGUACUUGUUCGGAGAAUGGACCGUGCGUUGGGAGGGCUCAUAAUGCUCUCCAGUUCUGGUAACUUCUAUUUCAUCUGUUUGCAACUGUUCUUGGGAAUUACGCAAGGCAUAUCUGGCGAACUUAUCAAGCGUCUGUACUAUAUGAUCUCUCUAAUAUGGCUGAUCAUCAGAUUCUCUUGCGUCGUUCUCUCGGCAUCAGACGUCAAUGUCCUUUCUAAGAAGGCCUUGAGAUACCUCCAUGGAUGUAGCGAUAAAUGCUAUAACAUUGAGAUUGAUAGAUUACAGAAGCAGCUUACUAAAGAUUACGUUGCAUUAAGUGGGAGUGGAUUCUUCUAUCUUGACAGAUCUAUUUUGUUACAGAUGGCUGCAGCUAUUGUAACGUACGAACUCGUGCUUAUUCAACUGGAUGGCAAAGAUGGCGUUGCUGCUAAUGUCGCGUUAAAUGUUACUAAAACCUGA